AUGGGGAAAGAGAAACCUAGUAGAUGUAAUGUUUUGAUGUUCCCAUGGAUAGCACAAGGCCAUUUCACGCCAUUUUUGGAGCUUGCAAAGAUACUAUCUUCAAGAAACUUCACCGUCCACUUCUGUUCUUCUCCGACCAUUCUUGAAUCCAUCGGAAAAGUCAUAGCCAAACACCACCCCAAUCUCUCCCCCUCCAUCCAUCUGGUGGAGCUCCGCCUGCCCUCCACGCCGGAGCUCCCGCCCCACCACCACACCACCACCGCCCUGCCGCCGCAUCUCGCCGGCGCCCUCCAAGAAGCGUUCCAGAAGACGGAGUCAACGUUCUACGACAUCAUUUCCGCCAUAGAUCCCGACUUGCUCAUCUACGAUGCGUUCCAGCCCUGGGCGGCUUCUCAGGCUUCUUCCCUUAACAUCCCCGCCGUCCAUCUCGCCACCACCGGCGCGGUGGCCAUAUCUAGCUUGGCGCACAGCCGUGUAGACGGCGUCCGCGGGUCUAAGUUCCCGUUCCCGGAGAUUUAUUACCACGACCACGAGAUAAGAAAGUUCAUGGCGAAAAAACCAGCAGGGAUAGACUUGGGAGACUUGGGAGGCUUAGGAUUCAAAUCCAUUCAACAAUCCCACAAAAUCAUCUUCAUCAAUAGUUGCAGAGAGAUGGAGGGCAAGUACGUUGACUAUCUCUCCCAUCUGACCAAGAAAGAAGUCAUGGCAAUCGGCCCUCUUAUCCGGCAGACCUCCGACGAGGAAGACCACGCGGGGAUAACGCAAUGGUUACAAGACAAACCCGAGUCCUCGUGUGUACUGGCCUCGUUCGGGAGUGAAUACUCCAUGUCGAGGGCAGAAAUGGAGGAGAUAGCUUUUGGCUUAGAGAUAAGCGGGGUAAACUUCAUAUGGGUCGUGAAGUUCCCAGCCGGGGUGGCCACCCCGGCCGUGGAGGAAGCCGUCCCAGAAGGCUACCUCGAAAGGGUCAAAGGAAGAGGGAUAGUGGUGAAAGGAUGGGUUCCCCAGGCCAAGAUUUUGGCAGACAAGAAAAUCUGCGGGUUCUUGAGUCAUUGCGGAUGGAACAGUGUUUUCGAGAGCUUGGCAUUUGGGGUUCCCAUCAUAGCCCUGCCAUUGCAUCUUGAUCAGCCUGGGAAUGCUAGGCUGGUGGAGGAGAUUGGCGUGGGAGUGGAGGCGAUGAAGGGGGAGAAUGGGGAGAUAAAGAGGGAGGAGAUAGCUAAAGCUCUAAGAAAAGUGGCUAUGGAGAAAAGUGGGGAGGAAAUGAAGAAAAAGGCUAGAGAAUUGAGUGUGAAGAUGAGAUUGAGUGGUGAGAAGAUGAUUGAUGAAGCAGUUGAUAAGUUGAUUCAACUUUGUAGAAAGAAUUAA